AUGUAUUUGCUAGAGAAGCAUUUCCCUUCCAUUAACUGGAAUAUCUCUUUCUCAAAGUAUACUCGUGCCUUGGAGCCCUUCUUCAACAAGUAUGAUAAUGAGUAUUCAUCUUUACAACAAAAGGUUAAAGAGAUUCUUCAGACUGAAGAUGAUCUACAAGAAAUUGUACAAUUGGUUGGUCGUGAUUCACUAUCUGAAGAUCAGAAGUGUACUUUAGAGGUUGCUCGUAUUAUUCGUGAAGAUUUCCUUCAACAGAAUGGUUUCAGUGAUUAUGAUUAUAUGUGCCCUCUAGCUAAGACUAUUGGUAUGAUGAAAUGUAUCUGUCAUUUCUAUGAUGCUGCUCAGAAAUGUUUGUCUGAGAAUCAUGGUGAUAAGGUUAUUGGAUGGUCACAGAUAUCUACUGCUUGCAAGGAUGUUAUCGUCGCUAUUACCAAUAUGAAGUUCGAGAUGCCUCAACAUAGUGAAGAGGAUUUCGCUAACUUCUUUGCUAAUCUUGUUAACCAGAUUGAUACUGCCUUCCAGAAUCUUCUAGAUGAGACUAACAACACCAACUAAUAAUGAAUAGUGCGACUACAUACUACUACUAUUCAUGGUCUAGGAUAUCAUCCGUGGUUCUAGUUUAGAGACGACCAUUCUUCUAGGUGAUUUUUUCCAUCGUUUCACCACAAUGCUGCUGUUAGAUGUUGUUGAAGUUAUGAUAUCAGUAACUGGAGUUAUUGUGGGGAUGAAGCAGCAGGAGGAGGUUAACAAACCAUCUAUCAUGUCUAAGGGUAUUCGACAUAGAAGAUAGUACAAUUCCUACUGCUGUUCUUAGUCAUCAUCGUUAUGUGGACUUAUAUUAGUGUGUAUCAUUGGAGAUUGCUUUGAUACUACUAUUUCUAGUAUUGGUAAAUACUAAUAGAAUAUGUUAGUUACAUGUAAUGCUGCUGCUGCUGCUCUGAACUAAUCUCCAGCUGCAUUCUUAUGAUAUUUACUAUUGCUGGUAAUAGUAUCAUUGUAACUUCUAUUCACUACAU